CACUACUCCAGCCAGUAUUAUGUGUUUUUAAAUUGUCAUAGGCAACUUUUUUUUACCUUAACGGACCUUUUUAGUGUUAUGUGCUAGUUUCUUUUACAAUGGAGGGGCGGAGGACUUGGGAAGGAGUGCCUGUGGGCGAAUCGCACUCUCCUCCGCAGUCGGUGCCGGGUAGACGGACUCCGCUGGGUGCUGUCGGCCUCGGCGGCUUUUAUAUGCAAGGAGGCCAGCCUCCGCCUCCACAACAUUGCUAUCCCACUGAUGAAAAUCAGCCGGAACCAGGCACGAGCUAUGGCCAAAGGGCUCUUGGGGAUGGAAAAUCUAAACAGAAAAUAAGACAAGGAAAAACCGUGCGGCUUAACAUAAACGCGCGAGAACGAAGAAGAAUGCACGAUUUAAACGACGCCCUAGAUGAACUUAGAAGCGUGAUACCUUACGCCCACUCACCCUCCGUGCGGAAGUUGUCCAAAAUAGCCACACUGCUGUUAGCUAAAAAUUACAUCCUUAUGCAGGCCAGCGCACUUGAGGAACUGCGAAGGUUAGUAGCUUAUCUGCAAGGAACAGCAACCGCGGCAGGUAUAGUACCACCACCUGGGUUCGACCUGGCUGGGUUACCGGCUGCCGCAAAGCUUCUACAGCCACCGACCUCGGGACCUCCCGCUCCUCCAGAUCCACCGUCUUAACCAUAGAAACAGCUAAUAAGUCAAUACAUAAAUAUCUUAAGAUAAUUAGGUAUAGUUUACAGUCAAAUUAGUGUAGGGAUUGGAAAACUACAUUACAGAGCAAUGCAGAAUAUGUAAAUUGUAAAGUUAAUAAUCAUAACAAUGGAGGCGUCAUUAAAUGUAUUUUCCACCGCACAUUAGUUAAU